AUGUGUUUAGCAAGCAAGAUGAUGUCCACAAAGAAGUGGACACCAAAUCCGAUCCACCUGUUUCACUGUUUCAAUUGGUUUUUAAAAUUUGCGUCAACUUCUGAUAAACUACUGAUAUUUAUCGGAGCGUUUGGGGCAACUUUGGGAGGCAUAUCAUGGCCAGUGAUGACCAUUUUGUUUGGAGAUAUUGUCGAUGUAUUUGUAAACUACGAGUACGCUUAUUCACAUGGUUUUAAUAAUAGUGACAUUACAUUUGAUGACUUCAUGAAUAAGACAUACCUAUUGAGUGGUUCCCUAUUAGUGAUCGCGGUAUUGUUUUUUGUGACAAACUUUUUACUAAUCAUGUGCUUCACGAGAGCCGCUCACAACCAGAUCCACACGAUUCGAGUCAAAUAUUUCACAUCUGUAUUAAAACAGGAGAUCUCAUGGUUUGACUCGAGACCGUCCGGCGAUUUCGCGUCAAGGGUUACCGCUGACUUGAAACGAGUUGAGGACGGAAUCGGAGAGAAAUUAGGCUUUGCUUUCUAUCACACCUCCGCUUCCGUCACUAAUAUAAUCAUUGCAUUCAUCUAUGGCUGGAAAUUAACUCUUGUAGUGCUGGCGAUGGCACCACUUUUAGGGACCGCCACCGCAAUCAUGACAAAAGUUCAGGCGACGUUUGCCCGCAAAGAGACCGAAUCGUAUGCCAGCGCAGGAAAUGUCGCUGAAGAAGUAAUAUCCGCCAUCCGAACCGUGUACUCAUUCGGUGGCGAAUCAAAAGAGAUCGACAGAUAUGUGACAAACUUGAAGCCGGCGAUGAAAAGUGGAAUCCGAAGAAAUUUCUUGACGGGUUUGGGAACGGGUCUCAUGUGGCUGUGUCUGUACUGUGGCUUUGGUCUCGGCAUCUGGUAUGGCGUCAAACUGAUCAUCCUUUCGGAGCAGAAUAACGACGACUUAUACACAAUCGGCAAAAUGGUUAUUGUCUUCUGGUGUGUGACCGGCUGUGGUUGGAAUCUGGGAUACAUUGCACCACAUCUUGAGGCCAUUCAGAUCGCCAGAGGAACUGCUCGCUCAGUGUUUGACAUCAUUGAGAGACAACCAUUGAUUGACAUCUCGUCCCAAAAAGGAGAGAAAAUCAAAAAUAAUUUUGAAACAAAUAUUGAGUUCAAAGGCAUUCACUUCAACUAUCCUUUGAGACCAGAGGUUAAGAUAUUAAAUGAUUUCAACUUAAGAAUAAAAUCUGGAGAAACGGUAGCACUUGUCGGGCCAUCCGGUUGUGGAAAGUCUACAAUAAUUCAAUUAAUUCAACGCUUUUAUGACACAAAUAGUGGAGACGUUUUAAUUGACGGCAAAAGGAUUAAAGACUUAAACGUUGAAUGGCUUCGGCAACAGAUCGGUGUUGUGGGUCAGGAACCGGUGCUCUUCGACACAUCCAUUGCCGAAAACAUCCGUUUGGGGUCUAAAGAGAAGACUAUAUCGAAAGAAGAUAUCGAAAGAGCCUGUAUUGAAGCCAAUUGUCACGAAUUUAUAGAUAAAUUACCGGAAAAGUACGAGACAUAUGUUGGGGAUAAAGGCGCCCAAUUGUCAGGCGGACAGAAGCAAAGGAUAGCCAUCGCCAGGGCUUUGAUCUCAAAGCCAAAGAUAUUACUCUUAGAUGAGGCCACCUCUGCCCUGGACCUACAAAGUGAGCAUUUAGUGCAGUCAGCACUCGAUAGGGCCAGUAAGGGGCGGACAACCAUUAUCGUAGCGCAUCGGUUGUCGACAAUCAUAAACUCGGACCGAAUUAUAUUCAUAGAAAACGGGAAAGUCUUGGAAAGUGGCACUCAUGCAGACCUCAUGACCUCAAAGGGCGCGUACUAUAGGUUAGUGAACACACAGAAGAGUGAACCAAAAGACGAGAAAUACGACAAUCAGUUGGAGACAAAUCUGUUGAAACGGUCCACGACUGUUGACAGCGAUCCCAACUCAUUAUACGGCAAAGAAGUCACUCAAGAGGUUCCCAAAGAAGAGGAGAUUCUGAAAGAGUUCUCUCAGAUGAGACUUUUGAGGUUAUUAUGGAUCGAUAAGAUCUAUAUUGUGAUCGGACUGUUAUGCUCGACACUGUUUGGUCUCAAUGUUCCCGCCUAUGCCUUCAUAUUUGGCUCAUUAGUCGAUGUCUUCGCCACAAAUCAAGACCACGACGUCUUGUACAACGAAUCUGUGAUAUAUGCCAUCUAUUUCGUAGCGUUAGGCGCAGGCAUUGCCGUCACCUCUAUAACUCAGAUCUCAAGCUUUGGUAUUGCGAGCGAAAGAUUAACAAUGAGAUUAAGGAAACAGGCAUUCAGUUCAAUACUGAGACAAGAGAUCGGGUGGUUUGAUCAGCAAGAGAAUAGCACCGGGUCCCUUUGCUCUAGAUUAUCGUCUGAUGCCGCAAACAUACAAGGAGCAUCUGGAUCCCGAAUGUCGGUUAUAUCGCAGGCUGUGUCCACAUUCCUGGCCUCCUGUAUAUUCGGCUUUGUAUUCAAUUGGAAACUCAGUCUAUUGACACUGGCUUUCAUGCCAUUCAUUAUAUUCUCGGUCAUGCUUUCCAUGAGAAUCGUCUCAAAGCUCUCGACCACUGAUAAAGAGGCCACAGAACAGGCCUCAAAGAUAGCCAUCGAAGCCAUUAGUGGUAUUCGGACUGUUGUUUCACUGAAUCAGGAAAAAUAUUUCCUUCAAAAAUAUACUCAAGUAUUGGACGACAAAAUUGGACUGGCCAAACGGCGGUGCAUUUGGAACGGCUUAGCCCUGGGAGUGGCCGAAGCCAUGCCUAUGUUCUCAUACUCGGCUGCCUUUCUAUACGGAGGUAUACUCGCCUCCAGGGGUGAGAUUAAAUCGGGUGACUUUUUCAAAAUAAUAGAGACAAUGAUUUACGGAGCGAUGGUUAUCGGCCAGAGUGUCAUCUUUACGUCCGACUACCAAAAGGCUAAAAUUUCGGCACAGAAUAUGUUUCGCCUAAUAGACAGACAACCAUUAAAUCAAACCAAUAAUAAUAUCACACCUAAAGAGAAGCCAAACGAAUGCUUAGGAGAGCUGUCCUUCAGAGGCAUUCACUUCUUUUACCCGAAUCGCCGAGAAGUCAGUGUUUUGAAUGGCCUCUCAUUUAAGGCCCGAAAGGGAGAGACAGUAGCUUUGGUUGGUUCCAGUGGUUGCGGGAAAUCCACUUCAAUUCAACUGCUCGAACGCUUCUACGAGUGUGCUCAGGGCAAAAUUGUAAAUAAGCUUACAUUGUUGGACGGGAAUGACAUCAGAAAUUUGGACACACAAUGGCUUCGGUCGCAAAUGGCAUUAGUAUCUCAGGAACCGAUUCUUUUCAGUUAUAAUAUCAGAGAUAACAUCGCUUAUGGAGACAAUUCUCGAUUUGUGGCGAUGGACGAAGUGGUAGAGGCGGCCUCCAAAGCAAACAUUCAUGAGUUUAUCAAAGACCUACCGCAUGGAUUUUGUCUAUCUCCUAAUCGCUAUAUUAUUCAUAAACUAAAAGGCACUCAACUGUCUGGGGGUCAAAAACAGAGGAUUGCGAUCGCGAGAGCUCUCGUAAGAGAUCCUAAAAUUCUACUCUUAGACGAAGCGACCUCCGCUUUGGACUCCAACUCUGAAAAGUUGGUCCAAAAGGCUUUGGACGAGGCCUCUAAGGGAAGGACGUGUAUAGUGAUAGCCCAUCGGUUAACAACUAUACAAAAUGCCGACAGAAUUAUAGUCAUGCAAAAGGGGGUCUCCAUUGAAGAGGGACGACAUCACGAGCUCUUAGAGAAUAGAGGAGCUUAUCAUCAGUUAUAUAGCGUUCAAACGGAAUGA